UCUUUGUGGGACGUAACGGGAAAGGCGUUCCCACACGUCCUGACUAAAUCGGCAGCACUGUGUGUGGAGGUCGCAAAGAGCGCGAGCGACAGGCGUGUCCUUCAGUUCAGAUUCAUCCGGGGCUUGCUCCUCUGAAGAGUGAGGUUUGGGGACACGUGAAGCGCGUGGAGGGGCCCGACACCGAGGACGAGGUUGCCAUCGCGACGAGGCCCGCCGCAGGAGCGCACUUCCGAGUAGGUUGUGGCGCAGGCGCAAAUGUGAUAGGAGCGGCGCUGAGGCGGUUUGGUGACCCAGCGCCGCUUUCGGGUAGUUCUCCCAGGAUCGGUGACACCGAGGCUGUGUGUCCUCGACUGAAGACUCGACAUCGCGAGGGCGGCUGCCCCGGGACUGAAAGACGGGGACCCCAGAGGAGACGAAAAGGACCCACACCCGACCGGACCCCAAUCAGCGACCAUCGCCCAUGGCGGCCCUCGGCCCCGGCAGCCAGAAUGUCACGGAGUAUGUCGUGCGAGUUCCCAAAAACACAACCAAAAAAUAUAAUAUCAUGGCCUUCAAUGCAGCUGAUAAAGUCAACUUCACUACUUGGAAUCAGGCUCGGCUGGAGCGGGACCUGAGCAACAAGAAGAUUUACCAGGAGGAGGAGAUGCCUGAGUCGGGUGCUGGCAGCGAGUUCAACCGCAAGCUCCGGGAGGAGGCCCGGAGGAAGAAGCAUGGGAUCGUCCUCAAGGAGUUCAGGCCAGAGGACCAGCCCUGGCUGCUCCGCGUCAAUGGCAAAUCGGGCAGAAGGUUCAAGGGCGUAAAGAAGGGUGGUGUGACAGAGAACACGUCCUACUACGUCUUCACCCAGUGCCCCGAUGGGGCCUUUGAGGCCUUCCCGGUGCACAACUGGUACAACUUCACACCGCUGGCCCGGCACCGUACGCUCACCGCCGAGGAGGCCGAGGAGGAGUGGGAGAGGAGGAACAAGGUCCUGAACCACUUCAGCAUCAUGCAGCAGCGGCGGCUCAAGGACCAGGACCAGGAGGAGGAGGAGGAGGACAAGGAGAGGCGCGGCCGCAGGAAGGCCAGUGAGCUGCGCAUUCACGACCUGGAGGACGACCUGGACAUGUCGUCCGACGACAGCGAAGCCAGCGACGAGGAGGGCGGCCGAGCCCCCAAAGCCAAGAAGAAGGCGGCACCUGCCAAGGCCGGUGGGAAGAAGAAGAAGAAGAAGAAGGGGUCGGAUGAUGAGGCCUUUGAGGACAGUGACGACGGGGACUUUGAGGGCCAGGAGGUGGACUACAUGUCCGAUGGCUCCAGCAGCUCCCAGGACGAGCUGGAGAGCAAGGCCAAGGUCAAGCAGCAGGAGGAGGGCCCCAAGGGCGUGGACGAGCGCAGCGAGAGCAGCGAGGACAGCGAGGAGGAGAAGCCGCCCCCCGAGGGGGACAAGGAGGAGGAUGAGGAGAAGAAGGCGGCCGCGCCGCAGGAGAGGAGGCGCAGGAGGGAUAGCAGCGAUGAGUCGGACAGCUCAGAGGAGAGCGACAUCGACAGCGAGGCCUCCUCCGCCCUCUUCAUGGCGAAGAAGAAGACGCCCCCGAAGAGGGAGCGGAAGCUGUCCGGCGGCAGCUCGAGGGGCAACAGCCGGCCUGGCACGCCCAGUGCAGACAGCAGCACCACGUGGUCUACCCUGCGGGCAGCCGCCACCAAGCUGGAACAGGCCUGGGCGACCCCCCCAUUCCACAACCCAGCCCCAGCCUGCCCCCCAGGGAAGCGGACCAGUGAGACGCCGGCAGCCAAGCGCUUGCGGCUGGACGCUGGGCCCCAGAGCCUGUCGGGGAAGUCGACGCCGCAGCCCCCAUCUGGGAAGUCAACCCCUAGCGGCAGUGAUGUGCAGGUGACCGAGGACGCCGUGCGCCGCUACCUGACGCGGAAGCCCAUGACCACCAAGGACCUGCUGAAGAAGUUCCAGACCAAGAAGACGGGGCUGAGCAGCGAGCAGACGGUGAACGUGCUGGCCCAGAUCCUCAAGCGGCUCAACCCCGAGCGCAAGAUGGUCAACGACAAGAUGCACUUCUCCCUCAAGGAGUGAGGGCCCGCCCCACCCUCCACGCCAGCCGCCGCCGGGGCUCGUCCUCCCCUGGCCUCCGCCUCCCCGCAUGGCCGACGGCUCCCGCUCUGUCUCCUCCCGCAGCCGCGCUCCUCACCGCUGACCCGCCUCAUGUUUCCUUCUCAGACUGUUGCCCAAUUCUGGAAGAUAUCUUUGUUUCUUUGCA